UGACCCUCUCCAGUGGCCUUCUCCGCGCCAGCUAUGAGUUCCUGCAACUUCACACAUGCCACCUUCGUGCUUAUUGGUUUCCCCGGACUAGAAGAAGUCCAUUUCUGGAUCGGCUUCCCUCUGCUUUCAAUGUAUGCCGUGGCCGUGUUUGGAAACUGCAUCGUGGUCUUUAUCGUAAAGACGGAGCGCAGCCUGCAUGCUCCCAUGUAUCUCUUUCUCUGCAUGCUGGCAGCCAUUGACCUGGCUUUGUCCACAUCCACCAUGCCCAAGAUCCUCGCCCUCUUCUGGUUUGAUUCCAGGGAGAUUGCCUUUGAUGCCUGCAUUGCCCAGAUGUUCUUUAUUCAUGCUCUCUCGGCCAUUGAGUCCACCAUCCUGCUGGCCAUGGCCUUUGACCGUUAUAUAGCCAUCUGCCACCCAUUGCGCCAUGCUGCAGUGCUCAACAACACAGUAACAGCCCAAAUUUGUGUGGUGGCCGUGGUCCGUGGAUCCCUCUUCUUUAUCCCACUGCCUCUGCUCAUCAAACGGCUGGCCUUCUGCCAGUCCAAUGUGCUCUCGCACUCCUAUUGUGUACACCAGGACGUGAUGAAGUUGGCACAAACAGACACAUUGCCCAAUAUGGUCUAUGGUCUUACUGCCAUCCUCCUGAUUAUGGGCGUGGAUGUCUUGUUCAUCUCCUUGUCCUAUUUUCUGAUUAUACGAACAGUUCUACAACUGCCUUCCAAGUCAGAGCGGGCCAAGGCCUUCGGAAACUGUGUGUCACACAUCAGUGUGGUAUUGGCCUUCUAUGUGCCUCUCAUUGGCCUCUCGGUGGUACAUCGCUUUGGAAACAGCCUUCAUCCCAUUGUGCAUGUUCUCAUGGGUGAUAUCUACCUACUCCUGCCUCCUGUGCUCAAUCCCAUUAUCUAUGCUGCCAAAACAAAACAGAUCAGAACUCGAGUCCUAGCUAUGUUCAAGCUCAGCUGUGACAAGAACCCUCAGACUGUGUGAAGCAGGUGGCCCUUCCCACUCCACUUUCCCUUAUCCUUAAUGGCUUGAUAAUGACGUACUAAUGCUAGCCAAUAAGCAUAUCAAUGCUUUUCUCCGGUUUGAUCUCCAAAUUCUGUCUCAGCUCAGAGCGAAAUUUGGGGAGAUAUCGUAAUUCCCUUCCAUAGGUCAAAAUGUUAUUUAUAUCUUUACUAUAUAAAAAAUUUAAGUAGAAAAUCCACCAAUGCUCCAAUAAGUAUUUUAAAAAAAAUAGAGUGCCAAAAAUACAGUUGGCUUUGAAACAAGAGACAAAUUACUCUAUCUGACUAGUAAUCCAAGGUAGCACUUUUGUCUAUCAACUUAGCAAUUUUUAUUAAUGAGAAUUUACAAUAAAAAAGAAGAUUAUGUUAAAACAUAUAAAGUGUCCCAAAAAAUGUA